AUUUCAUGUCAUCUCCAAUUCAUCCGCACGAGAUAUAAUCUUCUUUUAUCCCCGUUGCCGCAAUAAUUUCUCUUCGAUUAUAGACGAUCAAGACUUUUCCUUUGUUUUGUAGUUGAAGAUUGAUCCUUCGGAAUGGGUUUCAUUAAGGUACAGUAAGCUUCCUUUGUGCCCUAAUUUUUCAAUUUAGGGCAUUCGUUUCUUUUCCGAUUGUAUAAACCCUCGUUUAUUAUAUUCCUCUGCAAUUUCUGGUAGCUUAUGAAUUAGGUUAGCUAUAUAUAAACUAUCUGCUGAAAACCUUUAGGUUAAGAUUUAGUACUCAGAAGAUGAACAGUGUGAUGAAUGAUGAAGGGCAGAAGAAAAGACACAUACAAAACCAAACAGAUGAUGUUUCUCCUCCGUAUCUUCCUGAGGAAUUGGUACUGGAAAAUAUUGCCACCAGAUUAUCAGCUCGGGAUCUCUCUGGAUUGAAUACCGUCAAUAAGUUAUGGUACAAUUCAAUUGAAAAUGACAGUGGAUUUGCUAUGUCUCACUUUGUUCAUCAUGAGAAUAAUAGAAAAUUAUGUUUUAAUCUCCUUAAUGUGACAAACGAAGGGGAUCCUGCUUAUAUGAUAAGAAACUACUUUUUCAAUUUAGAAAAGGAUAAUGAUGAUAAUAAUCAUUUUUAUAAUUUUGAAUUAUUAUCACAAGUACAUUCACUACACUCGAUUGAACCAGUAGGUAAUUGUAAUGGUUUAACUUAUAUUAAACGUCCGAGUUCAGAUGGUUUUGAAGAGAUUUUUAUCACUAAUCUGGUUCGGGGUGAGACCCUUAUCUUCACUUGUUAAACUCCUGAAAUUGGGGGAGCAGGGGGAUCAUUAGAAUAUCUGUGUCAUGGUUUUGGGUUUGAUUCGUCGUCACAAGAGUAUAAGGUUGUAGUUAUUUAUACCACUUCAACAGCAGAUAGUGGUCAGGGUUUUAUUUGCAUGGUGGUCACUUUGGGAGUUACAUCGUGGAGAAAAAUAGUUAUUAGUACUUCUGAAAUCUCACCACCGCCAGGUUGUUCUCCUUUUCCAAGUCAAAUGGUGACAAGAAUGUGGAAAGACACUCAUAGAUCAGCCACUAUUUGUGCAGGUGAUCUUUUAUGGAGGAUAACCAAUACUGCUAAUGAUGGUUAUGAGACUGAAAUGUUGCUCUUGUUCGACAUUCAUGAUGAGAAAAUUCAGUUCAUUCAACUCCCAACUGAAUGUACUUCUCUGGUCCCAGCAAUGAAUAUGAAUGAUUGUUUAGAGAUUGGUCAUCAUCUUCUGGAGUUUAAAGGAUAUCCUUGUGUUGCGCGUUCUGAGAAGAUAAUGAUAACUGAGAGAGUAAUUCCUGACAAUGAGUACACUGAAUUUCGUUAUUUUCGUUUUAAGGUUCAUUUGUAUAUACUGAAGGACAGGUUCCAGCAAAUAUGGGUAGAGGAUGAGACUUUCGAUGUUAGAUUGAAGGAGGAAUGCAAAUAUGAAUUUCAAGAUCCCUUCAGUCGGUACUUUGACUUCAGUUUCGGUAAUAAUAUUAGUACCCAUCCUACAUGUAUACUCGGUUUCUCUGAUCAGGUGAUAUUGUAUUGGUUUGACGGGGGAUGUCUUAUAUUCUACAAUUUGCGAAUGAAACACUAUAACGUGGUGAAAGGAAACCGCUCCUGUAUUGAGCAAAAUCGUGAUAUUUUUGAAGCUAAGAUGGUAGGGAUCACCCCAGACACAGAACCUGAGAUUGAUGGUUAUGAUCUUGAUAUCCUUUUUCCUGUAGAUGGUUAUGGUGAUAUUCAUUGCCCCCGCAUUGAUUAUCAGCUGCACGCGCAAGUGGAAAACAUCAUUUCGCUGAAAACCUUCAUUCCUGAAGGAGGAGAAGUUGGUGAAUUCGAAUGUUACGAUGAAUUUCAACAGUUUGUAACGGACACAGGAAGAAAAACAGCAAUAUGGAGGAGGUUUAGCUUGUCAGGCAGAGUCCCAAAGUUCAUCUGGCAUGGGCGCCUAGCAUCAAUCCCAGUUUUGUAUUGACCCUGGUUGUAGCACAGAAACUCAAGGAAGCAGAAAUUACAGAACAGGAUUCUCUAUUACUGACGAGAAACCUGCUUCGCAUUGCGAUAUCCAACAUCAGCUACAUCAGAGGGCUUUUCCCUGAAAAUUACUUCAAUGAUAAAUCAGUUCCUGCUUUAGAGAUGAAGAUCAAGAAGCUCAUGCCUAUAGAUGCUGAAUCCAGAAGACUUAUUGACUGGAUGGAAAAAGGUGUUUAUGAUGCAUUACAGAAGAAAUACCUUAAGACACUUCUGUUCUGCAUAUCUGAAGCUAUUGAUGGACCUAUGAUAGAAGAAUAUGCUUUUUCAUUUAGCUAUUCGAAUUCUGACAGUGAAGAGGUGAUGAUGAACAUAAGUCGUACUGGAAAUAAGAAACAAGGAGCAACAUUCAAGUCUAAUGGCAAUACAGACAUUACACCAAACCAAAUGAGGAGUUCUGCUUGUAAAAUGGUCCGAACUCUGGUUCAAUUGAUGCGAACGCUGGACCGUAUGCCAGAAGAGCGUACAAUCUUGAUGAAGGUUCUUUAUUAUGAGGAUGUGACUCCUAUAGAGUAUGAGCCUCCAUUCUUCAGAGGCUGCUCAGAACAAGAAGCUAACCAUCCAUGGUUGAAGAACCCUCUCAAAAUGGAAAUCGGAAAUGUUAAUAGCAAACAUUUCGUACUAGCUCUCAAGGUCAAAAGCAUUCUGGAUCCAUGUCAAAAUGAAAACAAUGACAUGGAAGAUGAUGAGGAAAUCAGCUUGGGUGUUGGUUCAACACCAACAACUGAUCCUUCAGAUUCAGAUAGCGAGAUGAGCCAUUCAGCAAAUGAUGACGAUGGGUACGUUGUAGCUCCUGUAGAUAAAGCCCGAUCACGUGAAAACAAUGGCAUGACGGAUCACGAAGAUGAUACACAGGAUGCGGAAGAGGACGAGCAUCAGUUAACACGUGUAAGAGACUGGAUUAGCUCUCGCCACAUUGACAAUGUUGAACUGACUGAUGUUCUCUCUAGCUUCCCGGACAUAUCAGUGGCUCUGACUGAAGAAAUCAUGGAUAAACUUGUAAACCAAAAUAUACUGUCAAGAACUGGAAAGGAUUCUUACUCCAUCAGCAAGCUGAAGGCGAUUGUCGUGAAGGAAGAGAUGGAUGUACAAGUGAACCAAGUUGAUGAGGAAGUUCAGCGAGGGAAUGAUGAGGACUACUUGUACUUGAAGGCUCUGUAUCAUGUCCUUCCUCUAGAUUAUGUCACAAUAUCUAAACUUCAAAGUAAGCUGGAAGGAGAGGCAAAUCAGGCAACUGUGCGUAAACUGCUCGAUAGGAUGGCUUGUGAUGGAUAUGUGGAUGCCAAGAGCAAACCAAGAUUAGGUAAACGUGUCAUUCGAUCUGAAUUGACUGACAAGAAGCUACUUGAGGUCAAGAAUGUUUUGGAGAUCAAGUUAUCGGCAAUGGAGAUAAGUGAACCUCAAAACAUAUCAACCUGCGGUGGUCUCCACUCUGUUGGUUCUGAUCUUACUAGAACUCGAGAAAGAUCAGUUGACACUCAGCAGAAUGGAUCGUCUAGAAUUCAGGAGCAACUUGGAAACAACACACCCAUUCGCAGAAAUGAGCCUGCCGUGUCAAGGGAGAGUGGUAUACCAGGGAGCGGUAAGCGAAAUGGUGUGGAUGGGAGAGUAUUCACUAACUGUCGUGAGGGUGAUGAUACCUUCUGUAGUCGUCCCAGUCGCUGCAGGAAAACUAGCAUGGUGAAAGAGCCCAUCCAUCAAAACAUGAAGCGUCAGAAAUCUCAAGGUGGUGGCGCAUUGGAGUAAUAAAUUAUUGAAAUCAAAAAGAGGAAUAGCACAUGAAGUUCUGGUGAAUAAAAAUGACCUGGUAACUGAUAUUGUGUAUCUGCUUAUUAGACGACUUGCAUAGAAUUUUGAAUCAUAUGUAUUACUCGUACUUCUUUCAGUUUUAGAAAAUUUGAAUUUUGAAUCAUAUGUAUUACUCGUACUUCUUUCAGUUUCAGAAAAUUUGUUGGUAAUGUAAUUGCCUGCUUAAGUAAAUGAAAUAUUUGGCCGCUUAGUAAGUGAAGAUGUAAAUCUGUUUGAAAGCCCAGGGUUGGUUUCAGCUUACAAAAUCAGCUAGACAAGUGGCACCCAUUUGU